CAGAUGGUCAAGAGGUCUCUGGGAAAGAAAAAGUCUAAGCAGUUUGAGGAGGUGGAAGCUGCUGUCCUGGGACUGAAGAGCAGCUAUGAUGAGACAAAGAGCAAUGUUUCUUCUGCCUCACUGAAGGAUCGAGUGAACGGGAGCACAGAGUCUCGGAGCAAGCGGGCCAUUCACAGGCCUGCUUAUUCGUUGGAAAUGAGAGGAGUGAAAAACAGCAUCAAACCUUCAGAAAAAAAAGGAGAAGUACUGUUGAAGGGCAAGAGGAAAUCGGAGCACAGAGAAAGUGAAGAUCUGAAAGACUCUCCCAAGAAGAAGGAGAAGAUAUCAGGUAGCAUGGAAGAGCAAUGGUCUUUGGAAAUUCAGGAUAAAGGCCGAGUUACCUGUCCAACAUGCCGGGCUGUGGUCAGAAAGACUGUGGAAGGACUGAAGAAACAUAUGGUAAAUUGCAGGCAGGAAAUGUUCACAUGUCAUCACUGUGGGAAGCAGCUGAAGUCUUUAGGAGGGAUGAAAUACCAUGUCAUGGCAGACCAUAACAAUCAGCCAGUUGUGAAGGAGGGAGGAGAAUUGGAUGAGCAACUUGAGCGAGACCGCCUGCGGAAGGUUUUGAAGCGUAUGGGAAAACUCAAGUGUACAAGGGAGGGCUGCACAGGCAGCUUUACUAGCAUAAUGGGGUACCUAUAUCAUAUCAAGAAAUGUGGAAAGGCUGCUUCUGAGCUGGAGAAAAUGGCAAUGAAGUGCCAUCACUGUGGAAAAGCAUACAGAUCAAAGGCAGGACUUGUCUACCAUCUGCGAUCGAAGCAUGGACCGGUCACUUUUCUCCAUGAGGAGAGAAGAACAGAGAGCCUGAAGGAAAUAAAACGGGAGCCAAACAACACUGGCAGAGUUCAGAGGAGAUCUGCAAAGGUGGCAAUCUACUAUCUCCAUGAGCUAGCUGGAGAAGAGCUUGCCAAAGAGUGGCCCAAGAGAAAAGUUCUGCAGGACUUGAUUCCAGAUGACCGGAAGCUGAAAUACACUCGUCCUGGACUGCCCACGUUUAGUCAAGAUGUGCUGUGCAAAUGGAAAACAGAGAUAAAGAUGUACCGAAGAGUCCACUGCCCCAAUCAGGGUUGUGAAUCUGUCUAUGGCAGUGUCUCAGGACUCAAAUCUCACCUUGGCACGUGUACCUUGGGUGACUUCGUGGCUGGUAAAUACAAGUGUCUUCUGUGUGAGAAGGAGUUCAUUUCGGAGAGCGGGGUCAAGUAUCACAUCAACUCCGUGCACGCUGAGGACUGGUUUGAUGUGAACACAACUACCACCAAAAGCUUUGAGAAGCUAAUGAAAAUCCGCCAAAGAGAAGAGAAGAGGAAGCAACGGAAGAAACGUUCUUUGACCCGGGGCAAGAAGAAGAGAACUGGGGCCCUGGCUGCCAAGAAGCUUCCUGCUGCUGGAGUUGAAAAAAUGAGGAGAAGCAAGAGAGGUCGUCCACAGCGGGUAGACAAUGAGAGCGCAAGUAGUGAGGAGGGGGAGCCUCAGCUGCACAGGGAGACAAAUUUCCAGAAACCAGCCGUGAGUGAGGCCGGAAGCAAAUCCGCAGAAGAGGAGGAGUGAUCCUAAAGCUUCUCAGUUACAAGCGCCACGUAACCCACAGCACUAACAGAAGCAACUGGAUGUCUUUGGGACUGUGACUCCAUUCUGAUUUUGAAACUGUUGCCUCUGAUGAGUUGUGAGAGACUUCAAACCAAAGCUGUGGUGCAGAGGCUGCCUCUCCUGGUGUAGUUCCCUUGUACAGUGUACCCAGUGUUGUUCCUGCUCUGGUUACAGUCUCAGUUUAGUUCACAUUAGUUGCUUGUUUAGUGGUUUCCAGUACAGCAGCUCUCUUUUGUCAUCUUCCUCUGAUGGGUGAGAUCAGGGUUCUUUUUUAGUGGUUCUUCCUGUAAAGGACUGACUAGCAGAGCAUUCAGGUCUCUUUAAGGGGAAGAUCCUUUCCUGCACAGUAUGCACACAAAUGAUACAGUGCUGUGCAGAGCACAAAGGCUUUAGCUUGCCCUCUACCUGUCCUGUUGUCAGCAAGGCUACAGCAGAAGAGCAGAUCCCUUCCUAGCAUACGCUCCAGUCUGUUGCACAAGGCACAGUCUCUGCUUCGUACACUGAUGUUUAGGCUCAGCACCAGACAGUAGCACAUGAGCUCUGGUCUGCUUGGAAGUGAUGGGACAUCAUUAUUACCCUUGUCAGGAACCCAGUAUUCUCCUGGCAUCUGUCUGCUGUAGCACUGGGUGUUGAAUGUAUGUAGAGGGUCUUCCAGUCCAGUGAGGAAUAAAUACUCGCCAGCCUCCUGGAAGUUCACUGGCCUUUCAGAGACCCCCAGUAACUGAUGUAGUAAGAUGGGCCCUUUGAAGACCAUUUGUUGUAGGCUCACCUGGGAAGCAAACUUACUGCAAGACAGUGCAUCUCUAUUGCUGUCUUUCUAAUGCUGAAGCCCAGGUCCCACUGAGCUGCCUUGCCAGUGUGGUGUUCAUUGUCCAUGAUACCAUAGAGUCCUUUUUUUCACCUUUGUUGUCUUCUGUUACUUGUUUCUUUUCAAUACUGCUUCCUCGGUGAGAGUGAGGUAUAUUAGCAGUGGCUUCCCAGUGUGGAAAAGGUUCAAAGAAGAGGGCUUGUUAUUUUAAGUCACAUGUUAGUGUGAACUGUGGAUCACAGGGAAUGUCUUCCUGUGCUCUAUAAAUGCAGCAGAUGUCACAGCUGCUAAUAGGAAGCAGCGGCACAGGCAGUCCUACUCUGUCUUUCAGAGAAUGGGUUCUCCAGAAUUUUUAUUAUCCAAAGACCCACUGUACCAGGAAUUUUCAAAAUGUGACCUACUCCUUGCAGGUUUUCAGGAAAGAAGAUGGGCAGCUGGCUCCAUCUUACCUCCCUGUGAACUUUCAGUGCUACCACGUUGCUGGUGCUGAAGUUCACAGGGAAGUCAUUGCAGCACCUGGUGAACAGGCUGGUUUGUACAUGUGUGUUAUUGCCAGAAUAAUUAACGUUGGCCUGGACAGUGGGAAGUGCUGUGUGGCCAGGAGCUUCUCAAGAACUGCUUCUCCCAUGUGAUGAGCAAAGCAGAUCCCAGCUGAGCACAGUCUGUCUAAGGGGAUUCAUUCCUCUGUGGUGGUCAGACAGCAGAGCUCAAUCAUGAUCCACAGACUGUAGCUUUUGGAACCAGCUAUCAGUGUUUGCAGUGCUGCACUGAGAGGAUCAGUAUGUGGACUCCUUUGCAGGGUAUGUAAGAUUUUCAGCAAGAAGAGCAAGGUCAGAAGAUGACAAAAUAAAAUGUCAGCAGUGCGAGAAUGUGGUUUCCUGGCUGUGUUCUCAGUACCAUCCCUACCUGCACAGUGCACCCCGCUGGGUUGUCCUGCAUGCUCUGGUGCUGUUCAGGUGUCUGCAGCGUAUCUCCUCAGUGCUCCAUUCUACACAGCUGUACUUUGACCACAUGUGUUCACUACCUUCUCACCCUUCCCUUCCUGUGGACAACGUGAUAUAAACCCAUGAAGUAA